ACCCACGUGCGCACUACCUUAUCCACUCCUCUCGCCUCGCAGCCCACACCCAAGCAAAACUUCUCCGCGGGGCACGGAGGAGGCGGCCAUGCACCGGCGACGAGGUGGGCCGGCUGAGAUAUCGAUCAGACAGGGAGGGGGUGGGGGUGCCGCUCGGCGUGAGGCUCCUCGUCGGCGCCGAGGCGCAGCCAGCGCCAUCCCUCCAAGUUUGGCCGGGGACGCUGCGGCCUUCCUCGCCUGCCGGUCCGCCUGCUCAGGACUCUGUCCUAGCCGGAGUUGCGGCGGAGACGAGGCCGGCGUCUGCGCGGAGGAGCGCCACCGGACCAGCCUCGGGACGACGCACGGCGGAGAUGGGGCGGGCUGCUCUGUCCUCGCCGGAGUCGUUGCGAGACGGAGACGAGGCAGGCGGCGGCGCCGAGGAGCUCAAGCGGUCCCAACAUCGGACCACCACAGGCAUUUGUGCUCCACGACGUGGUCACGAACGCGAGCUGCCCCGCUCCCGCCGGGGUGCUUGGAGAUCAGCGUCGGUGUCCUAGCUAGAGCUUUGCUUGGAAGAUGGCAAAUAUAGUUAUCGAAUCAUGGCAAAUUUAGUUCUCGGAUCAUGUAAAAUUCAUUGCUUUCUUGCCAUGGCAACUUUCGAUAUUUGGAUCAUGGCGCAAUUUUACUGUUUUCUACCAUGGCAACUAAUCUUAUACUUCUUGCCAUGUAAGCAUAAAAAAAUUAGUUAAAUUGAUGAUGGCAAAUUUAGUUAACGCAUCAUAGCAAAUUUGCUUCCUUGAAGAUGGCAAAUUUAGUUAUCGAAUCAUGGCAAUUUUAGUUCUCGGAUCAUGGUAAAUUCAUUGCUU